CUGGGCGCUUGGCCAUUCCAAGAGAGCCCUGUUUGGCGAAGAGAAGUGGCUCGGUCUGAGCAGAACCAUGCGCUGCUGCAGGGGAACUUUGAGCCUCCUUCCUUUGGUGGUGUUGUGACUGGUGCAAGGAAUCCUGGUGUUCACACUGCUGGGUCUCAUCCUCCAGGUGCACAUCAAUUAACCUCUGGUCCUUACACCAUCUCAUCAUCACCACAACUAUUGCUUCAUCUCCAGUAGGCUUGGAUUCCAUUCCGCAUCCACCGCUAUAACACAAACAGUGGUUGGUGCCAGAUUCCUUCUGUCAGAGGCUGAGACACCUUCUUUGCUUUUACUCAAACUUCCCUUCUUCGUCCAGGAAUAAUCUGUUUCCAUCCUGAUCCCUCAGACAAUUUAGUUUUCAGGGAAGAUGUCGGACCUGGGACUUACCUUGGCAUCCUCGUCCUCCCCUCCCUCAACUCUUCCUUCUGACCUCCUGGAAGCCCAUCUUGGUAUGGUCCGUGGCACAGAGCUCUGCCUUCACUUUGCUGCCGCAGAUAACCGCAACCUCAUCCUGCACCAUUACAAUCUCACAGGAAGGAUGGAUGACCGGCGGCCCCAAGAAGACAACAUGGGCACUCUCAAGGUGGUCUUCAUAGCGGCCAGCUGCCUCAUUAUCAUGGAGAAUCUGCUGGUACUCAUGGCCAUUGCUCGAAAGCUGCGAGCCCGCCGGUGGGUCUACUCAUGCAUUGCUAGCAUCACUCUCAGUGACCUCCUGACAGGCGUGGCCUAUGUUGUCAACCUCUGCCUGUCAGGGAGCAGGACCUUCCGUCUGUCUCCCACCAUGUGGUUCCUUCGGGAGGGGAUCCUCUUUGUUGCCUUGGCAGCCUCUACCUUCAGUCUGUUAGUGACGGCCAUUGAGCGGUACAGUGCCAUGGUGAAGCCCAUUGCCGAGAAUGAGGCCACCAAGAAGGCACGUCUAAGAGGUCUCUUAUUCUCCUGCUGGGUCCUAGCCAUCAUCAUUGGCUUGCUCCCUUUAUUGGGCUGGAACUGUCUUUGUGAUUUGCCCAACUGUUCCACACUGCUGCCCCUCUAUGCCAAAAAUUACAUUCUCUUCUCAGUAGUCAUGUUCAUCAUCAUCUUGUUCGGCAUAGUGGUAUUGUACGCUUCCAUCUACCGUCAGGUCCUAAGAAGCGCCAGGCAAGCAACGUCUAGGUAUGGCCGCAAGAGGUCGCUACGGCUGCUAACAACAGUGCUGAUUAUCCUUUUUGCGUUUCUUUUUUGCUGGAUCCCCCUCUUUGUCCUCCUACUGAUGGACAUCUUUUCCGGAACUGGGAGCUGGAAGCUCCACAAAGGCUUGGGCUGGGUCUUGACCCUGGCGGUGGCCAACUCAUUCAUCAAUCCCAUCAUCUACUCCUUCAGAAGCCAGGAAGUGAAGAGAGCAGUCAUAGACUUACUCUGCUGCUGCUGCAAGCAAGUUGGCACUGGAGAAUGCCUUGCUGUCACCGACAUCCCAUCAGGCUCUUCCACAGGCACAGAAAGCUCAUUGAAAGCACAAGAGAGUUUCCGAAACUCCAAGGCACUCAACAUGAAGAGGGCUAGAGAGCCUCUUUCCAGUAAUUCCAGUGCAAUGAGCUCCGUGGCACCAGAUGACAUAUCAGGGUGGCAACUGGCUAGAGGAAACUCACAUGCACUGUUCUGAAGUCCUUCGAGGAAGGGUGGGAUAAAAAUGUGGUGGACACUGUGAACUAGAAUCUUGAUUCUUCCUGCACGUGAGAAGCAAAAGCCACAAUUUAGCCUAGAGUUAUAUUAGCAUGUGUGUUCCAACAUAUGAUUAAUUCAGAAGAAAACUAGGAAAGUUAACCAAUAGUAGGGCCAUUUCCAUUCUUGUGGCAUGUUCCUUGGACUUGCUUAUGUGUUGCUUUCAUUUAUUCCAUAAUUUUUGAAAUGUAAUAUAUACAAUCCUGAACAACAGGAUAUUCCAGUUUAACUAGUAUGGAAGCCAGAUAUAGAUGCCAUGCCAAAACAGGCGCAGGAAUCUUUAACUAAGGUUUAGUGAGAUCUCCAGAUUGACAGACAUCUAUGAGUUGUGCUUGGCUGACUAAUCAGAAUCACAGAUGAAGUGGGUAUGUAAACCAUGGUUUGCACUAACUAGGGUUUGGUGUGAUGUGCAAACUAACAAGCUGCUGUGACAGCCAUUGAGGUCUCUGGAUAGCUGAAGAGAUGGGAAAUGAAAGCAGCUCUUAAUAAUGACUUGCCUGACCGUAUGACACCUCAAAUCAUGGGUUGGGUUUUUAAACGAUAAUUAGCAGUCAAACAGGGCUUAGCACAGUGUCUGCUUUGAGCCAUAAACUUGAUUCAGACAGCUCACAAAAUCAAGGUUACUAGAACUGUCCAAUGGGGGCCACUCCACUAUGUCUAGGUAGGAUACAUCUAGCAAGAAACUGAAAUCAUGGUUUGAAGUCAGUUAAUUAAUCUUAACUAGCUUUGCACAACAUGCAAAUUUGCACUCAGUCCCAACUGGCUUGCUGCCACUGCCCUUGUACAAAGCAGGGUCUCUGUUGAGGUGGGUGAAACAGCAAAGGUGAUGAAACCAGCAUCUGCCCAGGACCUCAACGAUCACCUGCAAGCUGAAUUAUGGUUUCAAAAACUGACUGUAGUUAAACCAGGGCCAUGUGUGAUGCCUGAACCAAACCACUGAACCAUUUUUCAAAAAAUAGGAUAUGAUAACGUUCUAAUACGUCCUAUAUUGUAUUACCUCCUCUGCAAGGGGGGGGGGGGAAGGCUUACAGACCCAUGCCAGUAAGUGGUCGGCUAAAACAGGAACAGUUCCUGCAUCACUGCUGGAAUACUUGCUUAGCGUGCUCUGUAAGAAAGAGAGAAAUUUACACAGAUAUCAUUGCUAAGCUUAACCACUCGAUUACUGAGUGGUUUCACCUAAUAAUACUUAAUCAAAGCAUGCUACUUUAAAAAAAACACAAUACUGAAGAUUUUCCUGGAUGGGCAUUCUACGUGCGCAGAUAGACACCAUGUGGCAGUUCUUCUGGCAUGAGAGACAAACAAUACUCCGGAACUGGAGCAGAGACUGUUCUCUCUGGACUGGACAUUGCAUCAGUCGAUGUGCUGCCAGCUGAAGGAGUGCCCAUUUGCCCCCAGUAUGUUCUAU